AUGGGUUCGGGAAUGGGAAUGGGUAGGGAACUGAAACCACCUUCAGAUGGAUUUGGCUAUGCUUCCUCACCUUCAUGGAACCCGUCGGCGGGAUUCAACUCCAGCAGAGCAGAAUUUCAUCCCCUUGGAGAACAGGUUGUGACUGGCGCUUCCGGUGGUACGUCAAUCUAUUCACAUUACUCAGACGACAUAGAUGUG